AUGAUGCAGAUGCAGCAUGGUGGCCCUCAGGCCCCCGCCUCCGCCUCCCCAGGAAGUCUUGCUGAGGUUCUCAACAGUCCAGAUGAGGCCGUGGCCGCGUAUGAGUCGGCCCUCAGGGCCAACCCCAGCUCUGUGCCGGCCAUGACUGCCAUCUCCUCAUCUUGCGGACUCGCGAGGAAUUCCACAAAGCCGUGGGCUAUCUCCAAGAUGUCUUGA